GGUGUGAACAAACCACGCUAUCCGAUUCAGUUCACCGACGAUGGCUGUUGCGUUCGGUCAUGGUAGUUCAUUCAAGCUGUAAAGUUCAAAUAAAAAUAUGUUUUAAUACGUUCUUUUUGUAUCGGCUAUUUAAUACAAUUUAUUUAUUUUACAUGCACCGACUACUCGUAAAUGUAUACAAAUAUUCCACUUACGCCAGAGUGACCCUUAACGCUGUAAACCUUUACUUACGUGAUACGUGCGUGGUUAAACUGACAAAAGAGAAAGAAACGUAAAUUGAAUAAAGUGCUUGGUCAGAGCUGAGUGGCUUGCUUAGAGUUUGCAUAUCUUAAUUAUUGAUAAGGAUCGUUUUCCUGUCUAACGUUGGUUUAUUGGAAAGCGAAUACCGGUAAAGCAGCGGCCGGCGCGGUGGUAGCCAUGCUACAUCAUCAUACCAUUGUAUUGCUAUAAUACGCUUCACAAAAGUCGUAAUUUUGACCAAAAGGAGUGCGGGAUGUUUUGUUGGACCCAAUGCACGACGACACCAUACGAAAAGUGAAAAGAAAAUCGGAGGCAAAAAGUACGAAUACAAAAGUGAAACAAUAGAGUGUUAACCGAGUGAAUAGAAUCAAAAGAAUCCAUAAACACCUGCAUUCUGACCUUAAAGGAUAUUUCUUUAUUUUUUAAGGAAUACGAACCUCCUUCGGUAGUUACUUAAAAUUUUACAUAUGUAGCUAGACGGGUACAAGGACUAAAAAGGUUAUUUGACAUGCUUCAGCUAGAAACGUUGUUUAAAGAUGUAUAAACUUUCCGUUGACAACAAAUUUAGGAAAAUAAAAUAAGGCAAAAUAAACUAAGUGGAAUCGGUGGUGUGGCUUGAAUGAGUGUAAUUAGAAAAUGUUUAUUUUUAACAAACUGGCGAACAUGGUUAAUGCAUUUAAAAACUACACAAAUAUCCAUAUCCAGUCCUGGUUACUGAUAGUAUUCAUAGUUUUGUGCCAUAAUAGUAAUAAUUAUUCCCAAAUGGAAACAGCAGCGGAAGUUGUGGCUGAUCCAAAAUUCAGUUAUCCAAUAUCAAACGUCACUGCAUCAGUAGGAAGGGAAGCACUUCUGACUUGCGUAGUGCAGGAUCUUGGAUCAUACAAGGUGGCCUGGUUGCGUGUUGAUACUCAAACCAUACUCACAAUUCAAAACCAUGUUAUAACAAAGAAUCAACGCAUAGGGAUUACCUAUUCGGAGCAUAAGACGUGGCAGCUAAAGAUAAAGGACAUUAAGGAAACAGACAAGGGCUGGUAUAUGUGUCAAAUCAAUACAGACCCGAUGAAAAGCCAAAUGGGCUAUCUGGAUGUUGUAGUACCGCCGGAUAUCCUGGAUUAUCCCACAAGUACGGAUAUGGUUGUACGAGAGGGCAGUAACGUGACGCUUAAAUGUGCUGCUACCGGAUCACCAGAGCCAACUAUUACGUGGAGACGUGAAAACGGAGUACCCAUUGGAUUGUCCAACGGUUCAGAGGUUUCCAGUAUUGAAGGCCUUAACCUAGUUCUACCGCAUGUGAAGAGGCAGCACAUGGGCGCAUAUCUUUGUAUUGCAUCGAACGGUGUUCCGCCAUCAGUGAGCAAAAGAAUAACCCUCAUUGUGCAUUUUCCACCAAUGAUUACAGUUCAAAAUCAAUUAAUUGGAGCUGUUGAGGGGAAGGGUGUUACGCUGGAAUGUCAAUCAGAAGCUUUCCCUAAGUCAAUUAACUACUGGACAAGAGAGCGCGGAGAAAUUGUACCACCAGGUGGGAAAUUUCAAUCAAAUUCGACAGAAAUGGGCGACUAUAAGGUUUCAAUGAAACUCCAAAUUUAUCCACUGACACAAUCUGAGUUUGGUUCAUAUCGAUGUGUUGCGAAGAAUUCGCUGGGUGAUACGGAUGGAACAAUUAAAUUGUAUCGAAUACCUCCAAAUGCAGUCAACUACUUAGAUAACUUCGAAGGAAGACAUAAAGGUAAAAAACGAAUAAAAAGCUCGGAAUUGUAUCAUCAGGCAAAGAGCGUGGACGCAGGUGAUGAUCCAGAGAAUCCGGUUAAAAGGAAAGAUGUUAUUCUUGGGGAUAACGAUGACGCUGUACAUGACGCCUCAUCAGCACUGUCAAUACACUCCCGGAUAUUUUAUCAAUUUAGUAAGCAACUAAUAUGGAUACUCAUGUCAACGGCAUCGUUCAUCACACUUUGACAGCAAGGACUUGCUUCGUCAUUCAUAUAAAAAUUCUCAUAUUCGUAAGGUCCUCGGCAAACCAUGGGUAACUUAAAAAAUAAAAUAAAAAUAUAAAUAAAAAUAAAAAUGUCAACCAAUGCGAAAUCAACACAAAAAUCCAGACAUCAAGGAGUUCGUGUAAAUCAAUGUCAAUUCAAACGUUAAUAGCUGAUGGCAACGAGUGUGCUGUGCUGAAGCUACAAAUCAGGAUAUACUUCUGGAGCCAAUGCAAAGGGAUGCUGAAAGACGUGUCAUGCUCUUUCGUUAAAAAAAGCAAAUAAAACACAAAUCUCGCAUGAAAUGAUAUGCCCCGUCAAAGGCAAUAAAUUAAUUCAGGAUUAUCUAUACAUACACAUAUUUAUAUAUUUAAUAGCAUAUAUACUUACCUACUUUAUAUAGAUUGUUGACUGACCAAAACCCACAAAACCAUAAGCCACAAAAAUUAAAAAAAUAAUCUGUAAAUACACUGCGGUAUACUGUCAUUUUGUAGUGAAAGUGUUUAAUUAAGCAUCCACGUACAUAUAAAAAUAAACACGCUUAUGGGGAGAAAAAUAAACACUUAAAUUGUACGGGAGGGGAAAAACUGUAAUGUCUUUCUUAAAAGUACUGUUUAAUUUUGAGACAGCACUUAAUUGAUAUUUUAAAUUGCAAAGUUAAACUUUUUGUCGGUACAUCCAGCGCAGCAUUUUUGUACACCUUUACAGUGAAAAAGUUUUAAUAUUAACCUUCUUUAUAUAGGUUUACAAUAACAGAUUAUUUUAUUAAUAACAAAGUUUUGAGUUCAAGACUUUACACAAAUCAAGAAAAGAAAUAAGGUUAUUUUUUUUAAGUUUAAUUUUUUAUUUUAAAGCUUUUUACUUUAGUAGAUUGGCUUAAAGUUUAUAUAAUGACAAAGAAUCUAAUCUAAUAAAAGACUGUAAAAUAUUAAUACAAAACAACCAAAAUAUACAAAACAACAACAAUGAUCAAAUAAAGUAUGAAAUAAAUAAUAUAUAUAUAUUUAUAGGAAAAUAUUAUAGAGCUAUAUACUUAACAUACAAAAAUAAUAUAAAAAAGUUAAAAAUAAUACAAAUAUGCAUGCAAGUUGUUAUUUAAGUUAGCUGUAGAAAUUGAAAUAUAAAAUUAGAACUUAAGAAGUGUUGGAGAAAAAAAUAAACUUGAAACAUAUCAGUAUCAUAAACAAAUUAUAAAGAUGUUAUCCAUUAAAUAUUUGCGGAGCUAAUAAAAUAUACAUACAUACAUAAUUUAAUAAAGAUAUAAGCAAAAAAAUUAUUAUAAAUAAAAAAUAAUACAGAAUAUGUAUACAAUAAAAUGCAAGAUAUAAAAAGUU